AUGGCCAAAAUCUACAAGGAUACCAGGAUUGAUUUGCGACCCUAUUCACAGUCAACGGUCGCCAACGUUCAAGUCUCCAGCGAACCAAGCGCGUUUCGACGAACUCGCUUUUCAAUCUCCUCUGUCAACGAUCAACAGCCCAUCGCAAAAGACGAAGAUGAGUUUGCCCGACGGUACCUAGCCACACAAGGCACAGUCUAUUUCCGAAAGCGCAACACCUACCCGAGAACGUUCCUGUGGAGGGUCCUCAAUGAUAACAAGCGAUUGGAGAUUCAAUGCGCGGACCUGACGAAAAGCGGCACAGAGCAGUUCGAAUACAAUGUCACCUUACGGUUGAAUUUCCAGGAGCAGAUUCUUCCCUCCUGUGUCGCAUUUGCUGAUCAUGAGGACCAUGAGGUUCUCAGUGUCUUCGUGCUGACGACCACCAAACACCUUCACACCUUGUCCCUACGCCCUGAAUACUUCCGACGACCCGAAUCAAUUGAUGAUAAUGUCGCCGACUGGUGUAAAUCCUACAUCCCCGCGCCGCUAUCCUUCUCUCAUCCACACCGACUUCAUGCGAGCAGCCCGAAUGAGCUGUUCAUCUCCCUGGACAGUGGCGCACUUCUUCGCCUGACACGGAAAAAUGGAGAUGAUGGCUCUAACUGGACUCCGCUCACCUUCGAUGAACGGACAUGGGGCGCUUCGAUUCGAGGCCUCGUGAAAUGGAAUGCACCUACAUCACUUAGACAUGAUGGACGCAGCCUCGACCUGAAUGUGGCCAAUGCCAUCGCCACCACCUCCGACGAGACAUACGUUUUCGCUAUCUGCCUGAAUCACACACUGAAGAUCUGGAACCUUGCCUCCAACAAGCUGGCUGCGACCAAAGACCUUCUGGGCCGCUACAUGGACGCCGACGCAGUGCCAUACACAUUGAACCCUGCUGAAACUUCCUUCAUUCGGGUAUUCACUGCAGAGAGAUCCUUAGAUGCACACCAUCGCUUCUAUGCUGUGACAUAUUCGCCGUUUGAAGAUGGGCGUUUCAAGUUCUGGGCUAUCAAGGGAGGUCUUACGUCUGAGUUGGUCGUUGAGGAUCUUUUUGCGGAUACCGUGUUCCAACCGAAGGAUCCCGAUGCGACGGGCAAUAUGUUCUGGAGCAUCGCUGAUUUUCAAGUUAGAUCGAUGGACGAAGGAAGAGAUAUGGAGUUAUGGGUACUGUGGAGAAACCACGGCCUCUACCAACUGUAUACUCUCCACUUCGACCUUGCCUCGCUUGUGACAGAUUGGUCUACAAGCUGGGUUUCAACAACGUUUGAAACACACCGACAGGAACCACUGCCAGCACCAGUGCUCGACGAUGUCGUGGACCCGACGGAGAGGUGGCUUGCAUACCUACUGCACCCGAAUCGAUACCCAUCUGAGGUCCUGGAGACUGCUCUGGCUGUCUACCAGGAGGCUCUUAAACCUCUAUCGUCAUCUUCUGUAGUUUUGAAGAGAGAUGUGCCAUUGGCGGAAAAGCUCUGCUCUACUAUCGGAGCCACCGUUUCUUUACGAAAGUAUGGCCAAGAUGAAAUGGGAUAUACGCGGUACCGAACCGACACAGAUGCCAAGUGGCGGCAAUUCUGGCAAGUCGCGGAAGAUCUCAAUAAGCGCAGAUUUGAACCGGUUUCUCUUGCCUACGACGCCUACACCGAGCUGCCCUGGUUGCUUCUUUCCGAUGCAUGUGCUGUGAUCCGGGAAUGCAAUCCUGCCGAACUACUGCUGCAUAACUCUAGCUCUGAGCUCACCGAUGAUAAACCAAAGAUAGCUGAUCGCUGGAGGCACCGAAAUUUGGGCACUGAGCUUGGACCUGUCUAUCCGCAAGCCUCCGCAUUGAUGAAAGUUGCUGCUGAUUUCAGAAAGCGGUUUUCUCCAGAGUUGGAGGCAGCGUGUCGGGCUGCCCUCGAGAUGGAAAUUUUUAAUGCCUCUUCUUCAUCGAUUGAAGACCGUAUGGAUGCCUUCCGCGACCGGUGCGAGUUCACAGACCGAGUUUCGAACAAGAAUUUUGACACCUUAAUUGCUGCUUUGAACGAGGAGCUGAAUGCCGAUCAUCUACCAAGUGAAGUCUUUUGGGCCAUCAUACAUACCGUUCCUCGAAAGUUCAAUGCCAAAGACUCGGAAAUCCUUUCAACUUACUUCGGGGCCCGAGUUUUUGCCAGCGGUGCUCUAGAGACAAUUCUCCUCACACGUCGGACUCUCUACGACCUGUUAAUCUUGGUUACAUUUGUGGAUGGUGAGGUUGAUCAGACUAGUGGCAAUUUCGAUGCCAUCGACCUUUUUUCGAGACUUAUUGAUCUUCUGCGCGAAUACGAAAUGAUGUACUGGCUAAGCUCCAAUGUUCGAAAGUGUACUACUGACCAUCCUGCCCAUGCGGAUGCCUCGAGUUCGGUAUUUUCGUUGAAGGACACCAAGUCGAAGAAUAACAAUCAGCGGACAACGACAAUUCUUGAGGAUCUCUUUGUCGCACCCAUCAAGCCUCGCCAAUCUAUCGAGCAGCCCCAGACCUAUACAAUCACACUUGGCAUCCAGGAUGUUCUGGCCUGGGUCAUUCGACAUGGCGAGGUGGCCUCUUCGAACGCGCUGGCUUACAUCCAGUGCGACCUCAUCGCUAAUAACAACAUUGAUCUUGCAUGGGACUUCCUUCGCUUCCAAUCUACCACUCCAUGGGCGACGUAUGUCAAGGGUCGCUUGUACGUGGCGAUGUCGGAGUUUGACACUGCAGCUAUCUACUUCGGCAAGGCAGCACAUGGUCUUUCAUGCGGCAAACCCCUGGGUAACCUGUACGAAAUGUCAUCGACUCUUUUGGAUCUCGUUUCUGUCAACUCCUUCCAUGAUGGCAUUCCGAAAUAUUUCCAGCACAUUCUUUCAAUAUUCGAGCAGGCCCGAUCCUUUUCACACGUCGCAGAUUUCGCCAGUCAAGCACUACAAAUGCUCGAAGCCGAAUCAUUUAACGACCGUCACUCAGAGCACGACAUCAUGCGAGCGGAUCUGCUUUCGCGUCUCUUCCAUGCUUCUCUCAAGACUUGUCAAUUCGACCAGGCCUAUUCUGCGCUGGCUCGAUACCAUGAUCUUGCCCUGCAAAAGUCCGCGCUCACCUUACUCAUCACCACUGUUCUCACUACCUUCGGGCCCGGUACCGCCGGUAUCAAGCAAAUUCUCCGCUUCCCUACAGCUACUGUGCCCAAUAUCGCCUCUCACAUCGAUGAAGUUCUUGUGUCGCUUGCACGGAAACAGAGCGCGUUCAGCUCAUGGUUGGACAUUGACCACAGCGAGACCGACGGCUCACCUGACUACCAUCGCAUUUUGCAAGCAUAUCGUAUCGCCCGGAAUGACUACCGUGGCGCUGCUGAAAUUGCUUACCGCAACGUUCAACGACUGCGCAAGGCACGUGAUGCCCCGGUCUCUACUAUCGUCCGCAGAGGCAAGAAGGAAGUCGAGGAAGUACCAGAAGACGAUCCCGAAAGCCAGGAGAUUCGCCAUGAGCUCUUGUCCUUGAUCAACCUCCUCGCUUCGGUUGAUCCGAGUGAAUCAUACAUUCUUGUUGAGACUGGGCCAUUGGCAUCGUUUGGUGGCAAUGAGGCUAUUCCAACCCCAUUGGCACACAGAGCUUCAAAGACAGACGACGACGGAAAUGUGUUCAUGGAAGAUUCAGGAAUACUCGACUCUCCCUCCGUCCGUGCCAGCCAUAAACGCUCUUCCAGUAUCGCGUCCUACAAUUCUGGUCGUCGAGGCAGUCGUUCUCCAGUUGUUGGACGAAAUGUGUCGUUCAAGCCUACCUCCCUUGAUCAACCCCAGGAGCGUGUCAUUGUUACCCUCGAACACCUUCGUCGUGAAUAUCAGUCGGAACUAGACCGCGUCAGCCGAAUUGAACGUGGUGAUUGGGAGUUUGGCAUGCUAGAUGAUGAGGAGAGGGACCUCGAUGAGGAUGAAACAAUGAUUCUAUCGUAA